AUGGAUUCUCCACUGCUUUCUUGGUAUCCUCUGCUCCUUCCCACUGUUGGUUCAUUCUUAGUACUCUUCUUUCUAUGGAGAAGGGAGAGUACAAGGGCAAGGCUUUCUCUUCCCCCCGGACCUCAUGCUUGGCCUAUUGUGGGAAAAAUCUUCCAGCUGGGGAAAAGGCCACACGAAUCUCUGCAUGCCCUUUCUCUGCAAUACGGCCCACUCAUGACUCUCCAUCUGGGCAUGAAAACUAUAGUGCUAGUAUCCUCUCCUGCAAUGGCCAAAGAAGUCCUCAAAACGCAUGACAAUGUCUUUGCUGGGCGGAUGGUGAUAGAAGCAUUCAAAACCCUUUCCCACAACAAGUACUCGCUAGUUUUUGGCGAAUACGGACCUUACUGGCGCCAUCUUCGAUGCAUUGCAACUGUUGAGCUUUUCAGCACCCAAAAGCUUGACGCUCUGCAACACCUCAGAAGAGACCAAAUAUUUGGCAUGAUUCGACUGAUUUUCGAGGAGAAGGGAAACGUUGUGGAUAUCGGGAAGAUGAUGUUCUGUACGACUCUGAAUGUGUUGGGCAACAUGUUCUUCAGCACAAGCCUCUUCGAUCCGCACAAUCCAUCUUCUUCUGCGGGGAUCAAAGAUACCAUCUCGGAUAUGAUGGAGGUCUCGGGAAAGUUCAAUUUGGUGGACGGUUUUCCUUUUCUCCGGUUCCUCGAUCCCCAGGGCGUGUCCCGUGAUAUGACCACGCAUUUGAAGGCCAUGUAUGACUUCUGCGAUAUGUUCAUACAGAGGAGGCUAAGCGCUGAACGUGACAACUCCGAGAAGGACUUUCUGGAUGUUCUGCUGGAUUUCAGAACUGAAGAUUUCACCGUCAUUGGUAUUCGAGCCUUCAUAUCUGAACUGUUUGUAGCCGGUACUGAGUCGAGCACUAUAUCAAUAGAAUGGGCCAUGGCAGAACUCAUUCGCAACCCAGAGAAAUUAAAGAGGCUCCGACAAGAACUGGAUGAAGUGGUUGGUUGCAACCGGAAAGUGGAAGAAUCUGACAUAGAUCGUCUGCCUUAUCUCCAUGCGGCUGUGAAGGAAAUACUCCGAUUGUACCCAUCUGGUCCUCUUCUGGUUCCUAACAAAGCCGAAAGCUCCAGUGAGAUUGGGGGAUUUGUGAUACCCAAACAUAGCCAGGUGAUGGUGAACGCUUGGGCUAUUGGGAGGGACCCUUCUGUCUGGAAGAAUGCUUUGGAAUUUAUGCCGGAGAGAUUUUUGGAGGUGGAGAAUAGCAAGAUAGAAUACGGAGGGCAAAACUUUGAGCUAAUUCCAUUCGGAGCGGGAAGAAGAAUUUGUCUGGGGCUUCCAUUGGGAAGCCGCAUGGUUCAUUUCACUGUGGCUUCUUUACUUCAUUCGUUUGAAUGGAUACUUCCGGAUGGAAUCAAGUGUGAAGAUUUGGACAUGCGCGACGACUGUGUACUUUCUUUAAAGAAGGCUGCAAAGUUGAAUGCAAUACCCAAGCCACUGGCUUCUGCUGGAACUGUUGGUACCAUAGAUACUGUUGCGGGUUCUGAUACAGUUGUUGCUGCUAAUGGUGCUGUUGAUGGGAUUAUGGGUCCAUUUGGUGGAAUGAAUGGCAUUGGUGAUGUGUCUUCCUUUGCGGUGGUUCUUGCGGUGCUGGUGUCUUCAGCAACAUCCUCUUCAUCAUUAGGCAUACUCCUUCUUCUGGAUCCAAAUCCUUUGAAGUGGCCACCUACCACGUGGUGGGCGUGGUCCUCCGGUUUGGUUGACCUGACUGCGACACGGGAGCCGGCGUGGGUCUUGGUCUGCGGGAGUCGUGCCGUUGGUGGUGUCAGGAGGACGCGGGUGGCACGGGCGGAGCUGCGGGCACAGGCGCAGAAGCUGGGUGGAGAGAGGAAGCCGGGCGGAGACCUGCCGGCGUCGGUGACGGGAAAACCGCGACAGAGGCAGAGCGGAGCGAGGCGGCGGCAGCGAGGCGGCAGCGAGCAUGGGGUUCGGAGCGGAUAG